ACCUCCAAUCAGAAUAGUUUUUGGACGUCCCUUUCUCUUUCAUUUUCUUUCUCCUUCAUUUGAUUUUUGUAGCCAAAGACUCUUCAGUAGCACCACACAUCAAAUCAGUUUGAAGCGUCCUGCCAGAAGGUUCAGUCGAAAAGUUCUCUCCUUAACUUUUAACUUAUAUAUCAGCGAAAGAGUUGUGAAUUUCUUUGAGUACACUAUGGAGUAUUACGUAAUUCUUCAAUUUAAAUUUGGUGAUGACGACCAUGAGACGAAGUUCUGUGUUGUUAGCGGUCGCAGUAUUGCGAAUAUUGGCGAGGUCAAUCCUGAAACUUGUCGGCCGGGCAUGGAAGUUAAUUUUAAAAUAGCAGAUGUGCUUGUAGCGGGAGUCGUGGUGGAUAUAUCGGAUGAUUUUAAAUACAUCGAGGACCAAUCUGUCUUACUUCACCGUAAUAUUGUUAACCAGCGAAUGAGAAGGCCCGAAGCAAUUGAGCAACAGAAAGGACCAGUAAUAGAUGAAGACGUAGCCGUAGCUGAUCCAGAGGCAACCAUUAGACCAGAAGAGCACCUAAUGGAGGAUGACGCUAAGAAUGCUGAUGAAGAUGAACCAGACGUGGUCAUGCAGACACCACAGGAAAAUCAAUCAGUUCGCGAAGAAAUUGAGGAACCGACACAGGCAAUACGCUAUGAUCCUUUGACUUCCGCACAAGUUCAAACAGCCAAUUAUUUUAUGCGAUUGCUCUUGGUUCAAUGCAAUAGUAACGGUAUAAGGCGACUUCUUAAAAUUAUUAUUUCCAAACAAAAUUCUACAGUGAAGAAGAUCCUUAGCUUGAAGCGCAAAGCGCAAUUGCUUAAUGCAAAAGCCCGUGAAAUGGAAGAAAAGAAGCGGAAUACUGUAGAAAUUCCUACAGGCGCCGUCCUCCUUAACUUGCCUCAAGUUGAAUCCGAUUCCAAUGAGAAUGUGGUUCUGGUGGAAAUCGAACCUAAUCAAGAAGAACAGGAGACAAGUAAUGUCGUUCCCAUUGCUGCAGAGGAAAGUGAGCCCGGCCGUUCCCGCAAAACACUGAGGAGUGAAACAUCGGCAGUAGAAAGUAAAGAGAACACCUCGCCAAAUGCAAAACGCUUCAAGGCAGCCGAGGUACCCAAUGACGUUAAAAAGAGCUCCACAACUCCUCAAUUACCGACGGCUUACCAACGUGAGGAGGACAUCGUCAUCGGAUCAAAUGGAACGAAAAUUAAUGCCGUGUUUGCUAGAGGUCUAGACUGGGACAAUGACUACAUUGCCAUACGACGUGUCGCCGUUAAAGUUUUUGGCAAAAAGACUUUGGCAACACACUCGCUCUCAGGAAAGCGAUCACCUGCUUUUCCGGAUCGUGCAGCGAAGCCACCGUUGGAUCCGCGCAAAGUUGAUGACAUUAUUGAGUACGCCAUGAGGAACGCCGAUAUACUUGCGUCCGCUGUAAGGCGCAUACUUACGGCUAAGUGUGCUGAUGAGAAUAAGAUGCAGAAGAAUAAUACGUCGUCGAAGUCAUCAAAGAAAGGCAAGAAAAGUAAGGCGAGUAGUCCAGCAGAUGAACCACGUGCUGGUUCUAGCAAUACCAGUAACUCCUCCAACACCGAUAAAUCUAGCAACGCUGAUAAAGUGGACGCACGUGAUAGCAGCAGCCCCGGCGCUAGGCCAGAUCUGAACAUGAGCUUUAAGAAGCGCAUCAUGAAGAACUUCCAGGCUGAGUGCAACAAGUCCCGCAACAAACAUAAAUAAUUAUAAGAUGAGUAAAGUAUAAACACAAAAUAAAAAAUAAAAUUUAAUUUUUAAGUCUAAAAAACCAGUACAAGAAAAAAAAUUCUGCAAUUUUGUGGCAUAAAAUAUACAUGUGUACUUCAAAUGAAAUUCUUUUUUCCUCAAAGGCGCACAUUAAUUUUAAAAGUCUAAUCAAUUUAAAAAAAUAUUUUUUGUAAAAUCAUCUAAUAUCGUGUAAUAAAAGACAAUUAAAAAUAUAUUAGGAUUUUUUUUUAAAAAAAAUGGUUUUCGAAGUAUUUUGGAAUCUUCGCUCUAAUGUACUUGCAUCAUAU